AUGACGCAGGAGUGCCCGCAGGUUCCGCGGCAGGUGGUGAACGGGCAAGAUCUCCCCAUCUUCGAGGACGUCUCCACCGCGCACUUCCGAAUUCGCUCCGGCGUCGUGCGCUCGCGCUGCACCAAGUCCAAGUCCCUCAGCGCGAUCACGGGGAUGAACAUCCUCAUCAAGCACGAGUGGGAGCAAGCGACCGGGUCGUUCAAAGAGCGCGGCGCGAGGAACGCUCUGCUCGCGCUCGACGAGGCGCAGAGGGCGAGAGGCGUCGUCGCCGCGAGCGCCGGCAAUCACGCGCUCGCGUUGGCGUAUCACGGGAAGGAUCUCGGCAUUCCGGUGACCGUGCUCAUGCCCUCCAUCGCGCCUCUCACGAAGAUUUCGAAGUGUCGCGCGUUGGGCGCGAACGUCAUCUUAGAGGGCGACUCCAUCGCGGACGCCGCGCUCGCGGCGAAGCGAUUCGUGGAGAACCAAGGGAUGAAGUACAUCAACGGGUUCGACGACUUCAACAUCAUCGCCGGCGCCGGGAGCGUCGGCCUCGAGAUUCUCGAGGACAUCAAAGACGUGGACGCGAUCGUCGUCCCCGUCGGCGGCGGCGGGCUCAUCGCCGGCGUCGCGCUCGCGGUGAAGACGAUCAACCCGAACGUCAUGGUCAUCGGCGUCGAACCGGAUCGGUGCCCCUCGAUGGCGGCGGCGUUCGCCGCGGGUAAGGUGGUCAAGUUCGACAUGCCCGGCCCGACGCUCGCGGACGGCCUAGCGGUUCCCACCGUGGGCCCGCGGUCGUUCGAGGUGUGCCGCCCGCGCGUCGACAAGCUCGUCACCGUCAGCGAGAGGGACAUCUCCGUCGGGUUGUUGAGGCUCGUGGAGUGCGAGAAGCUCGUGCAAGAGGGCGCGGGCGCCGCGGGUAUGGCCGCGUGUCUCGCGGGGAAGCUUCCGGAGCUCGAAGGGAAGACCGUCGUCGUCCUGUUGUGCGGCGGGAACAUCGACACGAACACGCUCGGGAACACGCUCGAGCGCGGACUCGUGAACGACGGCCGCCUGUGUCGGUUUUCCGUCGUCGUUCCGGACCGCCCGGGCGGGAUCGCCGGCCUCACCGCGGUCAUCGCGGAGGUCGGCGCGUCAAUCAAACAAAUCAACCACGAGAGAGCUUGGCUUCAGGAGGACUCGCACAGCGUCCAAGUCGACGUGACGUGCGAGCUGACCGGCAUCGCGAUGGCGGACACGCUCUACGAAGAACUCUCCGCGAGGUACAAG